AAAUCCGCUGACACCGAAAAAAAGCGACGAAAGCAGCGCCAAGUCGCCGAAUCGCAGAGUACCUGGCAUAGGAAUAGUGCGUCCCCAGUAGAGGCUAAACUGAACAGCAGACAUGGCAGCGCCGGUCAUUGUCGAGGCCACGGCCAAGCAAACCGCCACGCUGAUCUUCAUGCACGGCCUGGGUGAUACGGGCCAUGGAUGGAGCAGCGCCCUAGCCGCCAUCCGCCCACCUUUCAUGAAAGUCAUCUGCCCCACGGCGCCCACACAGCCCGUUUCGCUGAAUGCCGGCUUCCGGAUGCCAUCGUGGUUCGACCUGAAGACACUGGACAUCGGUGGGCCCGAGGACGAGCCGGGCAUCCAGUCGGCGCGCGAUAAUGUGCACGGUAUGAUUCAGAAGGAGAUCAGUGCUGGUAUUCCGGCCAAUCGCAUUGUCCUGGGCGGAUUCUCGCAGGGAGGAGCCUUAGCACUGUAUUCGGCACUCACGUACGACCAGCCGCUGGCCGGCGUGGUGGCCCUUUCCUGCUGGCUGCCGCUGCACAAGCAGUUCCCAGGCGCCAAGGUGAACAGCGAUGAUGUGCCGAUUUUCCAGGCGCAUGGCGACUACGAUCCCGUGGUGCCGUACAAGUUCGGCCAGCUGAGCGCCAGCCUGCUUAAGUCGUUCAUGAAAAAUGUGACGUUCAAGACAUACAAUGGACUAUCGCACUCGUCGUCCGACGACGAGAUGGAUGACGUCAAGAACUUUAUUACGCUCACUCUGCUCUUUUCAAUUACAGGACAUAAUCAGUAAAUGGGUAAACUAAUUUCCACUGAACCUUAGCACUCUUUAGAACGUACGAAAGCCCCCGACCCAGCCCGUUGCAUUCCAACUAUUCACGCAAUAUGGAGCGCAGUAAGAGAGUCACACUGAGAGUUAUACGAGUAGGCUCUCUCGUAGCCCAAUUAUGGAAAUUAUCACUGAAAAUCAAUUUGAAAAGCAAUCAAUUAUUAUACACACACGGUAGCUAUACCUAAUUAAAUGCCAAAAUACAAGCAAUUUGCGAGGGAAAUUCGCCUGCGCGAGACGUUUCAGAGUGUAGAAGCAACUUACUUUGAUAUUUGUUCGCUGCUAAUUAUUUCGGUUUACUUAUUUGGGACUUGUUCGUAUUUAAAUUGAAAUUAAUAAAGUUAUAUAAUCGAAGAAAAA